AUGGAGGCUAUACUGGAUGCCCUCAGUAACUCCCAGGUUGCUAAACCACUCAUACUCACCCUGACAGUCUACGUAUUGUGGAUAGUUCUCUUUGCCUCGUCGUCUUUGCCCAAUGACCUACCAUGGAUCGGCCGAGAUAAUUCGAAAGCGUUCUCCUCGCUGAGGGCAACUAUAAAAAGCAUCUCCAGAUCCAGAGAAUUGCUGGCUGAGGGAUAUCAGAAGUAUAGCAGCAAAGGCAAGAGCUACAUCUUCCCCGCAUGCGACGGGCCUUCGGAAAUUCUCGUCCCAAAAUCAUCGUUACGAUGGCUCCUCGAACAGCCGGACAAUGUGCUAUCGGCAGCGGAAUACCACAGCGAAUCGCUGGGUGGCGAUUACAAUUUCCUCGACAAAUACAUCCUUGAAGAUCCAUUUCAAGACCAUGUCAUUUACCGGUCCCUCACGCGCAAUCUCCAGUCCGUAAUUCCCGAGGUCUGGGACGAGCUCGCGAGCACCUUCGAGGAUACCUGGGGAACCGAUCGCAAAGCUUGGAAAGCAAUUCCGCUUAUGGACAGCAUGAUGACCUUUGUGGGUAGGGCCUCCAAUCGCAUGCUCGUCGGGGCGCCCGUGUGUCAGAACAAAGAGUAUCUCGCCAACAUGAUGAAGUACACAACGGAUGUCGUCGUCAACGGUGCGAUCUUGAGGGUGCUGCCCAAAUUCCUUCAUCCGGUCAUAGGACGCCUUCUUUCGCUGCGGAAUCAAUGGCACUACUCGCGGACAGCGAAAUACACGAUCCCCAUCAUCGAAGAGCGGCUACGUCACAUGGAGCGCAAGCGCAACGAUCCAACUUACGACUGGGAGCAGCCCAGCGACUACAUCACCUGGCAUAUCAAUCUCGCCAUAGCGGAGAACAACAGCAUCGAGAUGGACCCCAUCAUGAUCUCCCGUCGUCUGAUGCCCAUCAACUUCGCCGCGAUCCACACCACGACUAUCACCAUCACCAACGCCGUCAUCGACAUCCUCAGUACAAGCGCCUCCAAGGGCGUCCUAGAAGGCCUGCAGGAAGAGAUCGAACAUGCGUACGCAGCAUGCAACGGCGUCUGGACCAAAGCCUCGCUCGCUACGCUCGUGCGAACCGACUCCGCCAUCCGGGAAAGCAUGCGGGUGAGCAACUUCAUGACGCGAAACGCGAUGAGAAAAGUCAUGCCCGCCGGGGGUGUCACCAAUCCCACGGAGAAAUGGACUGCCCCCCAAGGCGCGUAUAUCGGUAUCGACAUGCACUCCAUCCACCACGAUCCGGAAAUCUAUCCUAGUCCGAAUGAGUACGAUGCGUUUCGGUUCUCCAGGGCGCGCGAGGAGGCGUCCGCGUCUUCUGGGGACGCAUUGGACAAGAUGAAAAAGACGGAAUCAAUGAGUACGACUAGUGGUGAUUUCUUGUCAUUCUCCCAUGGACGACAUGCCUGUCCCGGUCGGUUUUUCGUCGUAUAUGAGCUCAAAAUGCUCCUUGCUUUUAUGCUGCUGAAUUACGAGGUCGAGCCACUUUCCCAGAGGCCGCAGAAUAAAUGGAUUGGAGGAAAUGUUGUGCCGCCUUCUGAGCUUAGCAUUCGUGUGAAGAGGAAGGCGUAG